AAGGAAUCCGCCGUUUAGUUUCUUAGCAAUAUUUCAUGCCCACAGAUGGUGUCUGGAGCAGCACGAUGACAUUCGCUAAAUUUUUCGGGUUUCACACUGUCCUAGUGGUUCUGGCUGUUAGUUAUUCAGUGAAAUGUGAUAUGGAGCAACUGAAAAGCAUCGAUCCAAACUAUGGCGUCACCUGGAUGUUUAUGCCGGAUGACAAAGGUAACCUUCACGUGGUCGAUUUGACGGUCCCUGCCAACGAAUCGUCCAGCGAGCGUGCUGCCAAUAAUUGCAACGAAGAUGUGACAUUUUACUACUAUCGGAAAUACACAAUCAACAAUCCGGUGGCAUUCAAAUUCAAGAAUGAUCCAGCUGUUCCAGCAAAAAUUCCUCUAUCAUACAACCCUAAACUUCCUACAAAAUUUUUGAUACACGGCUGGCACAAUUCUUACAGCAGUCCUAUUGCCCAACUGAUCAAAAACGCGUACCUCCAACGGCAGGACAUGAAUGUGUUUGUGGUCGACUGGAGUGCGUUAGCAGGAGACACGUUCUACUUCCGAUCUGCGUCGGCCACCAAAGACGUGGGUCGUCAUGUUGCGGCCCUGGUGGACCGAAUGGUUCUUAACGAGGGAACGAGUUUGAAUUCGGUUCACAUAAUUGGACACAGCUUGGGGGCCCAUACUUCCGGCUUCGCGGGACAAUUCACCCGAACGGGCAAAGUGGCACGAGUAACGGGGCUGGAUCCUGCCCUUCCGGGCUUCACCGACAAUCAACCGGACAAAAUUUUGGAUCCUAGCGACGCGCGUUUCGUGGAUGUAAUUCACACAUGUGCCGGCAUGUUGGGACAGGAGCAGAACCUUGGUCAUGCAGAUUUUUUCCCUAAUGGUGGCCGAGCCAAUCAACCAGGGUGCUCCGGAAUGAAUGAUUUUACCGGAGCGUGUAGCCAUGGAAGGGCGUACGAAUACUUUGCGGAAUCGGUGAACUAUCAGAAAGGGUUCAUGUCCUAUCAGUGUGGCGAUAUGAAUGAAUAUCGCAGCGAGCAGUGUCGUGCAGCUCCGCAACCGAUGGGCGAUGCGACCACAGUCGAUGCCCGUGGAACCUACUAUUUGGAAACCAAUCCGGAACCAAACUAUGGGAGAGGUCUGGAUUGAUGGGUGUUAGAAAU